AUGAGCUUGUUGUCAGCCAUCGACACCAGCGCCGCGUCCGUCUACCAGCCCGCCCAGCUCCUCAACUGGGUCUAUCUUUCGCUGCAAGACACACACCAGGCCAGCGCCUUCGAUGCCUUCAGACCCGAGCCCUCUUCGUCCCAGCACCCUGAUCUCGGCUACACCAAGAGCACCCCGGAGCUGGGCUCUUCGCUCAGCUCCAGCUAUCUCAACAGUUUCUUCCAGCUCCAGCGCAGCGAGGCCCUGAGCAGCAGUCUGUACAAGAGUGCAUCACCUUAUGGCUCUCUUAAUAACAUUGUGGAUGGGUUAAGCUCCCUCACUGAGCAUUUCUCUGACCUAUCCCUUUCUUCAGAAGCCAGAAAACCCAGCAAGAGGCCACCUCCUAACUACCUGUGCCACCUCUGCUUUAACAAGGGACAUUACAUCAAAGACUGCCCACAGGCUCGUCCAAAAGGAGAAGGCCUGACUCCAUACCAGGGCAAGAAACGCUGCUUUGGUGAAUAUAAAUGCCCCAAAUGCAAGAGAAAAUGGAUGAGUGGAAACUCCUGGGCUAAUAUGGGACAAGAAUGUAUCAAGUGCCACAUUAAUGUUUAUCCUCACAAACAGAGGCCCCUGGAAAAGCCGGAUGGCCUGGAUGUUUCGGAUCAGAGCAAAGAACAUCCCCAGCACCUGUGUGAGAAGUGCAAAGUUUUGGGCUACUACUGUCGCCGUGUGCAAUAA